UGUAUGUAUACUUUCGAUUUCAAGGAAAAUGUUUCGAUCUGUUAAUAACCUAUUCAAAAGCCGGCUCAUUUGUGCUGAUUCAAUGGUUUUUAAUAGAUUAAAUCGUUUCUCCGUAAAAUCUACACAAUUGAAUAUAAAUCAGCCGUUAAAAUUAACCAAGGCAAUGGAUAAAUCUAAUUUCUUACUUCCCAACAAUCAAAGAUUUGUUGAAUUAGACAGCUCACAAGCUUUCGAGAAUUUAACAAAACAGGAAAAACUUUACGCACAUUAUUUAAGUCAGGCUGCAUGGAAUGGAGGCCUUAUUGUACUAAUGCAAACUAGCCCUGAAUCUCCAAAGAUCUUUUCUUUGUUGCAUAGAAUAUUUUUGGAAGAACCGAUAGAAGAAUUGAAAGACUCAUGUAGCAAAGCUGGAGUAUCUGAAGAUGACUUUCAGGCAUUUUUAGUCUAUGCAGGUGGAGUAUUUGCCAACAGUGGUAACUACAAGGGAUUUGGCGACACUAAAUUCAUUCCUAAUCUGCCUGAUUCCACAUUUGAAUUGAUUGUGAAAUCAUCUAAAGCCUAUGAAAAUGAUACAACCCACAUCACAAAACUUUGGCAAAACACUCACCAUGCAAUUUACAGUAUUGCUCCAAGGUUAACAAGUUUGGGUCUAGCUGAUAAGGGAGUGACAACAUAUUUUUCAAGCAACUGCACUGAGGAGGAUUCCAAUUUAGUAAAUGAUUGGAUGAAAACAAAACGCAUCGAAGCUUACAUCUGCCGGACAUUUAAAACUACAGCUAAUGAUGGAUUGCCAUUAUACACAAUACACUUGGCGAGUGUUGAGAAAUCAUCCAAAGCUCCUAUCACUAUGGAUAAAGAAAAGUACAAAGGAGCCUAUUUCCAAGUCACUCGGGGGGACUAUUCUCCACUCCUCAAACUGGUGUCAGACAAUCUCACCAAGGCCAUAGAAUAUGCAGCUAACGACAAUGAAAAGAAUAUGCUCAAACAUUAUGUGAACAGUUUCAACGAGGGUGACUUGAAUGAACAUAAAGAGGGAAGCAGAUAUUGGAUCAAGGAUAAAGGACCAAUUAUUGAAACAUAUCAAGGAUUCAUCGAAACAUAUCGCGAUCCUAGCGGCCAGCGUGGAGAAUUCGAAGGUUUCGUGGCCAUGGUUAACAAAGAAAUGUCCAAAAAGUUUGGAACCCUGGUCGAUGGAGCAGAGAGGUUCAUCAAGUUGUUGCCCUGGGGUGAAGAUCUGGAGAAAGAUACCUUCCUCAAACCCGAUUUCACCAGCUUAGAUGUUCUAACCUUCUCCGGAAGUGGCAUUCCAGCUGGCAUUAACAUUCCCAAUUAUGAUGAAAUCCGCCAGAACGAGGGUUUCAAAAACGUAUCUCUCGGUAACGUGAUCCCAGCCGCGUACAAGGAGUCAGUCAUACCAUUCCUUUCUGAUGGCGAUAAACAGCUUUUGGAAAAAUACCGGGUUGCUGCUUUUGAGGUGCAAGUGGGUCUUCAUGAACUCCUCGGUCACGGCAGCGGGAAGUUAUUGCGGCAAAACGCUGACGGCACAUUCAACUUCGACAAGGAAAAAGUGAAAAAUCCUCUAACAGGCAAGCCAAUCGAAUCUUGGUACACGGAAGGCGAAACAUAUGACAGCAAGUUCACAACGCUCGGCUCCGCUUUCGAAGAGUGUCGCGCUGAAGCCGUCGGACUGUACCUAUCCUUGGAUACGGAGAUAUUAAAAAUAUUCGGUUACGAAGGGCAAGAGGCGCAAGAUGUGAUGUACGUGAACUGGCUCAGCCUGCUGUGGAACGGCGCGGCCAAAGCCACGGAAAUGUACCAACCGUCUACUUCUACCUGGCUUCAGGCUCACGCCAGGGCUCGCUUCGUUUUGAUGCGACUCCUCGAACUGGAAGGCGACGGUAUGCUCACAAUCACUGAGACGGAACCUGGCAAGGAUCUACUGAUGACCCUUGAUAGAACUCGUCUUCCCACCGAUGGAAAGAGAAUUAUUGGCGAGUUUCUAGUAAAACUCCAAACCAUAAAAGCAACGGGUGACUCGGCGGCGGGCGAGAAGCUGUUCGGCGAGUACAGCCGGCUGGCGGGCUGCUGGGGCAAGUGGCGGGAUAUAGUGCUGAUGCAUAAGCAGCCACGGAAUAUCUUCGUGCAGCCGAAUACUGAGGCUAAAGGUGAUGAAGUUGAGCUAAAACGUUACCCAGCCACCGCAGAGGGUAUGAUAGCGUCGUGGGUACAACGCUUCCCCACAACCAAGCCAGACGACAUUCUAGAAAAACUCGCUGAAGACGACAGCAAAUACUUCGAGGAACUGGAAAAACUUGCGGCGUAAUUGUCUACAUAAUCAAUAACUAAUAGAUGUUAAGAAACUGCCGUAUAUGAAUUUGAUAUUAAUUUACCAAUUGUAUUAAUUUUAUUUUCGAAUUAAAUGUCUCAAAACAAUAUUUUUACUGUCUCUGGUAUUCUAUUGUGAAAAAGCAGCAAGAAGUUCUUAAAACUUGAAAUGUCUAUGUAUGUGUAUUUUAUACCGUGAUCGAAUAUAUGCCGGUACAUUAUUCAUUUUACAAUCUGAAUGUAUAUUGCUACAUAUUAUGUAUUUGUGGCCAAUAAAAUAUUUAGAAAGUCA